CUUGGUUGUCCAUCCCUCCCGUGACAGCUCCUCCUCCAGUAUUUCUCUGUCCUCCAGAGAUGAUUCAACGCCAAGAUCUUUCAGUGUAGAGUGUGCUGCUAGGAGCGAGGGGAAGAGUUUUGUGCCACCGUUCAUGAAGAGUUUCAGCUGGGCUUUAAUGUUUUUUUUCUUUUAGCUUCUCUCGGACCUUUUUCCUUUUCUUCUGCAAGUCAGCAGCUACACCUGGGCUCAUUUCUGUUUAGCUGUGACCCCUUCCUGGAGGGAAGCUGAGCUACUGCUGCCAACAACAUCAGGUUCCCCUUCAGUGGAUCACACACCUGGAUCCACUCCGGCCACAUGCAGAACAAAGACUGAACUAAACACAGGAACAACAGAGACUGGUGAAACCCCUGAAUCCCAGUAGGCCCAGUAUGAACCCAUCUUCAUGAUCAGCUCCUAGGAAGGAGGCGUUGUCUCUGAAAGCAGCCAAAGACCUGAACUGUGACGUUCAGGAAGUAGCAGAUAAAAAAGCUUAAAGUAGGAAGUGUUCAGAGUUUGGAGCCGCAUCCUGAUCACAUCAAGAGACGAAGCUUCACUCCACAUCCAGAGGAAACAUGGACCAAACAGCUCUGAUGCUGCUUCUGUGUCUCUGCAGCUCAGCGCUGUCUGAUGAACUCAGACUGGUAGCAGGAAGGAGUCGCUGUGUUGGCAGACUGGAGAAGAAGGAUCUGGGAGACUGGAAACCAGUGACUGAUUGGAACUGGAACUUUACAUCAGCAGCUGGAGCUUGCAGACAGCUCCACUGUGGAUCUGUGGUGUCGUUACAAAAAGAUAAGAACUACAAUGUAGAGAUCGUCUGUUCAGACUCAGUCAGGCUGGUUCAAGGGACCAACCGGUGCUCAGGCAGACUGGAGGUGAAGACCAACCAGUCGUGGUCCUCAGUGUGUGAAAAAGACUUUGACCGGCAGGAUGCAGAGGUGGUCUGCAGGGAGAUUAGCUGUGGGCCUCCUUCAGCCCACCAGGGGGCGCUCUAUGGAGAAGCAGAGGCUCCAGUGGGGAGCAGAGAGUUCCUGUGUGAAGGCAGUGAGUCUGCUCUACUGAACUGCAGCAGCAGGAAGAGUUCAGGUAGAAACAGCUGCUCACCUGGUCAAGCUGUUGGACUCACCUGUUCAGAUCAAGACAACAUCAGGUUGGUGGGAGAGGCCAGCCGAUGUGCCGGGAGACUGGAGAUGUUACAUCAAGAAGAGUGGAGACCAGUGGAUGUUUGGUAUCGUUACUGGAACAUGAACUCAGUUGCUGCAGUUUGUGCUGAACUGGACUGUGGUUCUGCUGUUUCAGUAAGAAAUUCAAAGGAAACGUCAAAGAGACCAGUUUGGGAGAUCCAGUCUGACUGUUUCCAGUCAGGAUCUGCAUUAAAGAACUGUUUACCUUAUGGUAGACACAGGGAUCAGAGCCAUGAGUUCAUCUGCUCAGACUCAGUCAGGCUGGUUCAAGGGACCAACCGGUGCUCAGGCAGACUGGAGGUGAAGACCAACCAGUCGUGGUCCUCAGUGUGUGAAAAAGACUUUGACCUGCAGGAUGCAGAGGUGGUCUGCAGGGAGAUUAGCUGUGGGCCUCCUUCAGUCCACCAGGGGGCGCUCUAUGGAGAAGCAGAGGCUCCAGUGGGGAGCAGAGAGUUCCUGUGUGAAGGCAGUGAGUCUGCUCUGCUGAACUGCAGCAGCAGGAAGAGUUCAGGUAGAAACAGCUGCUCACCUGGUCAAGCUGUUGGACUCACCUGUUCAGACAACUUCAGGUUGGUGGGAGAGGCCAGCCGAUGUGCCGGGAGACUGGAGAAGAUACAUCAAAAAGAGUGGAGACCAGUGGCUGUUAUGGAUAGUUACUGGAACAUGAACUUAGCUGCUGCAGUUUGUGCUGAACUGGACUGUGGUUCUGCUGUUUCAGCAAGAAAUUCAGAGGAAGCUUCAGAGAGACCAGUUUGGUGGAUCAGGUCUGACUGUUUGCAGUCAGGAUCUGAAUUAAAGAACUGUUUAGUUUUCUAUGAAAACAGUGAUCAGAGCCUUGAGAUCAUCUGCUCAGACUCAGUCAAGCUGGUUCAAGGGACCAACCGGUGCUCAGGCAGACUGGAGGUGAAGACCAACCAGUCGUGGUCCUCAGUGUGUGAAAAAGACUUUGACCUGCAGGAUGCAAAGGUGGUCUGCAGGGAGAUUAGCUGUGGGCCUCCUUCAGCCCACCAGGGGGCGCUCUAUGGAGAAGCAGAGGCUCCAGUGGGGAGCAGAGAGUUCCUGUGUGAAGGCAGUGAGUCUGCUCUGCUGAACUGCAGCAGCAGGAAGAGUUCAGGUAGAAACAGCUGCUCACCUGGUCAAGCUGUUGGACUCACCUGUUCAGACAACUUCAGGUUGGUGGGAGAGGCCAGCCGAUGUGCCGGGAGACUGGAGAUGUUACAACAAGAAGAGUGGAGACCAGUGGAUGUUAUGGAUAGUUACUGGAACAUGAACUUAGCUGCUGCAGUUUGUGCUGAACUGGACUGUGGUUCUGCUGUUUCAGCAAGAAAGUCAGAGGAAGCUUCAGAGAGACCAGUUUGGAGGAUGUGGUCUGGAUGUUUCCAGUCAGGAUCUGCAUUAAAGAGCUGUUUACCUUAUGAUGAAAACAGUGAUCAGAGCCACGAGCUCAUCUGCUCAGACUCAGUCAGGCUGGUUCAAGGGACCAACCGGUGCUCAGGCAGGCUGGAGGUGAAGACCGACCAGUCGUGGUCCUCAGUGUGUGAAAAAGACUUUGACCUGCAGGAUGCAGAGGUGGUCUGCAGGGAGAUUGGCUGUGGGCCUCCUUCAGUCCACCAGGGGGCGCUCUAUGGAGAAGCAGAGGCUCCAGUGGGGAGCAGAGAGUUCCUGUGUGAAGGCAGUGAGUCUGCUCUGCUGAAGUGCAGCAGCAGGAAGAGUUCAGGUAGAAACAGCUGCUCACCUGGUCAAGCUGUUGGACUCACCUGUUCAGAUCAAGACAACAUCAGGUUGGUGGGAGAGGCCAGCCGAUGUGCCGGGAGACUGGAGAUGAUACAUCAAGAAGAGUGGAGACCAGUGGAUGUUUGGUAUCGUUACUGGGACAUGAACUCAGCUGCUGCAGUUUGUGCUGAACUGGACUGUGGUUCUGCUGUUUCAGCAAGAAAGUCAAAGGAAGCUUCAUGGAGACCAGUUUGGUGGAUCAGGUCUGACUGUUUCCAGUCAGGAUCUGAAUUAAAGAACUGUUUACCUUAUGAUGGAAACAGUGAUCAGAGCCUUGAGAUCAUCUGCUCAGACUCAGUCAGGCUGGUUCAAGGGACCAACCGGUGCUCAGGCAGACUGGAGGUGAAGACCGACCAGUCGUGGUCCUCAGUGUGUGAAAAAGACUUUGACCUGCAGGAUGCAGAGGUGGUCUGCAGGGAGAUUAGCUGUGGGCCUCCUUCAGCCCACCAGGGGGCGCUCUAUGGAGAAGCAGAGGCUCCAGUGGGGAGCAGAGAGUUCCUGUGUGAAGGCAGUGAGUCUGCUCUGCUGAACUGCAGCAGCAGGAAGAGUUCAGGUAGAAACAGCUGCUCACCUGGUCAAGCUGUUGGACUCACCUGUUCAGAUCAAGACAACAUCAGGUUGGUGGGAGAGGCCAACCGAUGUGCCGGGAGACUGGAGAUGAUACAUCAAGAAGAGUGGAGACCAGUGGAUGUUAUGGAUGGUUACUGGAACAUGAACUCAGUUGCUGCAGUUUGUGCUGAACUGGACUGUGGUUCUGCUGUUUCAGCAAGAAAGUCAAAGGAAGCUUCAUGGAGACCAGUUUGGAGGAUCAGGUCUGACUGUUUCCAGUCAGGAUCUGCAUUAAAGAACUGUUUAUCUUCUGAUGAAAUCAGUGAUAAGAGCCUUGAGAUCAUCUGCUCAGGUCUGCUGGUUGAGCCGCUCAUCUUCCUCUCUUCCUCCACUGACGGGGUCUCCACAGGCAGAAAGCAGGGGUCUGAGCUCCUCAUUGGCUCAAAUUUCAGCAUCAUCUGCUUCAUCAGACCUCAGUAUGAAGGCGGCUCCUUCCAGCUCAUCUUCAGCACCUCUAACUACACUCAGAACCAGACCCUGCCAGCUGUUAAUCACUCCGCCCUCUUCCUGUUCUCUGCUGCUGGCCACGCCCACCAAGGAACCUACCGCUGCGUUUACCACGUCUACGUUUUCUCCUAUAACUUCUCCUCUAUCAGCCAGCCUCUCAACCUCACUGUCUCAGGCAAAGUCAUGGAGUCCAUCAGGAAAAGUUCUGCUUCAGUUUCAGCCUUUCUCACUGCUUUGAUCAUCAGACUGGUUGUCGUCCUGCUGGGUAUGCUGGGAUCAGUCCUGCUCCUCUACUUUAAGGCCAGGAGAAACCAGAAGUCUGGACCAGAAAACAACCAUCAUGAUGAAGGAUCCAGAGCUGAAGGCAGCUUAGAGGAGGAGACUGCAGUCUGAAGGAACCAGGAGAAAAUGAUCUUCAUUUCACAUCCGCAGGAAGGAGCAGAGACAUGUUUCAGACUCCUGGAAAUCUAUCCGUCUAUGUAUCUAUGAUAAAAUGUCUCUGUGCUCCUGCAGCAGGAAGGAAGUUCAACAUUCAGAAAUUUGUAUCUGGACUAAACCUACUUAAGUUAAACUUAUAUAAGAAGGGAACACAAAACAAAACAUUCAACAAACAAAAUAUAACAGAAAACCCACUUCAUCAAAAUCUGAUCUUCAUCAACCUUGCAAGGAUAGCAUAUGAUAGGAUAUUUGGGGUCAAAGGUCAGGUAGCCAAUUCCAUUCAGGCCCUGAACCCAGCUUGUGUCCUUGUCUUAGUUGAAUUGUUGUGUGACAAAUGUAAUAUAGUUGUUCCUGGCUUGUAAUACUUUGUCCUGCCUGUAGGUGGUGUAUGUCAUCACUGCCAUGAUAACCCAUCCAAUACAUCCAGUUCCCACAAGUCUGAACCAGAUGUGAUCUGCGCCAUCUUAGUAGGGAAGUGCAUGCACAAUGCAUAGUGGACCCAUGGCUCCGAGACCAACACAAAGAAAACAUGCCGACCCUCUUGACCAAUGUGUGAGAGAGAUUUACAUGGACAAAAUGGCUGCCGUCGAGAUCGGCCCGUAUGAGACGGAGAAGGAAAAUUUAUCAGACGAUGUGGACAAACUGCCUCUGAUCUCCUACUACGAUAAAGUUAACUACGUAGUCAACACAAAGAGUGCAUACGCCGUAAACGAGCUUCACUGCCUGGAAUUCAUGGACGCAUAUAAUUAGUAUUUCAACAGCUUUUUAAAGGAGAGAAAAUCUCUCUGUGUGAAUAAUGAGGUUCUGGUGACUGGCAGACCAAGUACAUGUAGCAACAAACAUGCAGGCUACAUGUCUGCUUAGCUUGCAGAUGGGAUGGAACAUUUUAUAGUUACUAUGAUUAUGAGUGAAUUAAUGCAUAACAGUGUUAUGAUUCUUGUGUAAAGCAUGGGCUCAUGGGAAAGUCUUCUGAAGCUGUUUCUCUGAACUCUGUAUUAUUAUAAAGUUAUAGAAUAUUUUCUUCUUUGCAUUCUUAUGACAUCCUUAAAUGUUUAAUAUGCUUUAUGAAAGAAAAUGCAUAUGUUUGCAGUCAGUUUUGUAGCUAAAUAGAUUGUUAAACUGUGUGAAUUUAUUGAAACCUUUCCUAUAAAACAAUAUGCUGUGUUUUGCUCGAGGCUCUUUCUCCUGACUGUGUUCAGUGAGUAGAGACUCCAAAUGCUGUAAAGCCUUCAAAUAAAUAUUGACAAAGAAUUUA